CCGUGUGCUCGGGACGUGCAAUGGCCGCUCUGAGCCGACGUGCUUCGUGUCUCAAGUAUCAAUCGUCCUCAAUUUUCCUGUCUUAAUUUACCGGCUAAACGCCCACGCCAAAAAGGAAAGAAAGAAAGAAAGAAAAGAUGCGCGAUGCUCCGACGCGGUAUCGUCACUCGACGCGAGUCCGCGCGACUGCGACUUCCGAUGGACACCCGCGUCCUGACAGAUCGUCAUCGUCGUCGUCGUCGUCAUCAUCGGCAGCAGCGCGCACUUUUCCGUUGACGCUCUCCUCGGCGAAAACAUAGUGGCCGCGACACACGCGACCGAUCGUGUCCCGGAUGUGUUACGUGGUCGCGACGUAUUCGCCGAACUUCGCGAGGAUUUCCGUCGGCGAGCGAGGCCAACGUCUCGAGCCUCGUGCUGUCAGUGCUGUCGACGAUACCUCGACGAUACCUCGAUUAUACCAUCGGUGCGCAUCGUAAGAUACUGCUUGCUCGAUCAGUGUACAGUGCGCGGUGUCGCGUUAUGCACGUCCUGUGUACGUCGUGCGUUUGAACGAUCAGGAUUGUAUUCGGCUCGUUCAGGAGACAGUGUGGCGCGAGCGACGUUCGGGAGAACACGUUCACAGGAACAUGUGACAACUUCCAGCGCGGCCGUCGAGAAAAAUACGAGCGAGCUACGUAAUAAUACAUCGACACGCGUGGAUGUUACUCAUCUUCCAAGAGAUACCGGAGGAAAAUGCAUACCAGCAGUGUGACGUGUGCCCCGCGUCUGGAGUUCGCGUGACGCUUUUAUGAUCCGAGCCGGCCGGAGGAUCACGAAGGGACAAUGGCGACGCAGGUGGAGGAGAGCCCUUCGACGGAGGCGUCUCCUUGGUACGGCAAGGUGUUUGAGUGCUGGAGGAAUCGUAAUCGAGUCAGCCCCGGCAGAGUGGAGCUGCCCGACUGCGACUUCUUCAUCGUGGCGCCGCGACGCACCUUGCGCGUGCUCCGGCCGACCUUGAAGAGCGGCUGGUACUACGAGAGCACGAUCGACCGGCCCGAGUCGAUCAACGACAAUUUCUUCGCGCGCUGGUCCAGGAGACCGCACCCGUCCGGGAACUGCAGGUGCUCCUUCCGCCAGUCUGCCGGCGCGUUGAGUACCAACGAGGAGCGCAUCAUAUCCGCCGAAUUGAAUCGCAUACGAACGAGCCUCUGUGAAGCGGAGAAGAACGCGCGCGACAUCGAAGAGUUGGAGCAGAGGGUCUCGGUGAAUCUGCAGAAGCUGCGGAACAAUUCGCAGCUGGCCGAUCACGCGGACCACCAGGCGAUCGCGUCAUCGAUACUGACGACGGAUCAUCGCUCGUUCGAGCAGAACGCGAAGCAUCAGAUCAUCAAGGAUCUGGAACGAUAUAUUAAUACGCUUCUGGAAGAGAUACUUGACGACACCGUUAAGCACGUGACUGAAGUGGAAAAGAAAGGUGUACGACACCCCGAAGUGUCUUGGCAACAAACGGACGAUUUUGCGAAUAAGUCUCGACCCGACGAAUCCAAAGAGGAAGUAUCGAUCAAGAGGGACGAACGUGGGUCCUUGAUCGAUUCCUUUGUAGCCGGUAAGAAGCAUGAGCGAUGGGCUGUCAAGAGUCGAGGCAAGAAGCAAUUCGCCAAAGUUCCGAUAAACGAGGGCUAUGUGAAUCCCGCUUUCGUCGGUUCGACGGACCGACUAGCUUCCUUAGACUUCGAUCGCGCCACAGAGAAACACGCCAACCUGUACCUUGGAAUACCGGCGAACACGGAGAGCAUCACGUCGGAGCAAUUGGACUGCGUGGACUCCGGCAUCAACAGCGUGGAGACCAUUGAGUUCCAACCGGAUCAAGAGGCCAGUUUCGAACAGUCGCUUUUACGAAUCAUCGAUGAGAAACUAGGCAGAGGCCCCGUGACGAGUGAUCCGGAGGAGGAUAUUACCGAGAGAAAUUUGCCGAAAGCGGGUGUGGAGAAACAUCGGAUCGAUUCCCAAGAGACCACGAGAACUUGGACGAAACUCGAGACCACUGAGUCUGGUACCAGGACAAUAGAACGACUGGAGGAUACGGUGAACGCGCAGUCUGACUUCGGGAAACUCCGUCUGGAGUUUCAGAAUAACGACCAGGAGCCGUCUCUGAACGGUGGAGCUUUAUCGAGGCUCGGCGCGAAGUUGAAGGAAACCUCGCCGAUCAAAGUGGCGGAUUCUCCAAUCGAACUCAAGGACUACAGGAAAGAGUGGUCGGAGUUGGGGGGUAUCUCUUCGCAAGGUAGCACGCGACGGGAUCUCCAAGAUUCAGUGACGUUUCGUAGGAACAGAAAACCGACAAUUGUCUUUCUGCACGGUUUCGGUUCGUCGGCCGAGAUCUUCGAGCAUCAGCUGCAGUAUUUCUCAUCACUCGGUUAUCCUUGCAUCGCUCCCGACAUGCUGGGGCAUGGUAUGAGCUCAGCACCCGGUCGAUCGCGCGAUUACCAUUUCGGCAAGUUGCUCAAGGACCUGGACGCUGUUCUACAUCAUUACGCUUUCAAGCCCGGCGAGAAAUGCGUCUUGGUAGCGCACAAUUACGGGUGUAGCUUCGCUACGGCAUUAGCUUACAAGUAUGACAGCAAUAUCCAUCAGCUCGUGUUAAUUUCGGGCGGUGGCCCGACCCCAUUGGCCCCACCGAGCACAGAAAGCACCGGACAUUGCUGUCUCAGGGCAAUCCUCGCACCUCUACUUAUGUGCGGCCUUCAUCGAGACAUUUUGUAUUCCGCGCGAGGACGACAACAUCCUUAUUGCGGUCAAGAGUCAACGGAACAGUGGCCUUCGCACAUGAAAUAUGUAUUGGACGGUAUGAUAUGGCCGGAGGGUGACUACGUUUUUCACAGGAGGAUAUGCACACCGACGCUUCUAGUUCAUGGACUAAGAGACAAUAAAGUAUCCCUGGUGCAGGAAUGUCAAAUGGAAAGGACGAUGAUGAAGGCUUUCCUCGAAGCUAUUCCAAUGGCUGGUCAUAGCCCUAUGACUGAGUGUCCCCAGCAACUAAAUCACAUGAUACAUUGUUUCAUAGACUUGUGGAAAAACAAAAAGUGGCAACACUGAUAUCGCGUAAUUUUAAUCUAGGUAAUUCGAACGUAGGAGUAAUCGCCUAACACGUUGCAUUACAUCGAGAUUGUAUUGAACCGAUAUACGCGAGCCGGUUAUUAAUUAAUUAGAUAUAUUAUGAAACUCGUAUAUUCAAGUUCGAAGGAGAUAAGCUAUUCAUUUUACGAUCUUACAAAGAGACUCGGUUUGACAGAACGGUAAGGUAAAUUAAUAAAGAGAAUUUGUGCAUAGCGCGCACGAUGCGCGCGGCCUCGUAAAUGUGCCAAGAUGUACAGAUUAAAUAAAUACAAAGUAUCUUAUUUGUCUCGAGAUCACAGAAAAUAACUUUUACACGUGCUUCUGAAUUUUCUUGUUGUUUGGAAAGAUCGUUAAUUACCGCCAAGUGCGCAUAAUUCUAAAUCUUCGAUGUACCUCAACUGUUAUCGAACUGUGCCUGAUAGACUAUGUCUUCCCAUUUAAAUUAAAUAGUGCCUUCUCGCGAGAAGUAUCUCGUUUCUCGCGCCGGACGGAAGAGUUAUUCAAAGUGAUCCAGCAAAUCGAACAGAGGCUAUGGAACAGCACAUAGAUUUGUGACCAAAGAUCGUUUAUAUAUAUAUAUAUAUAUAUAUGUAUAUGUAUAUCGUACACAUCUAUUUCAUAUCGUAUAUUUUUAGUAUCUAAGUUAUUCGUUUUAUCAAUAAAAUUGUAUAUAGUUCA